UGUACAGUGUUGGCUACUCGAAACGUAUGUAACCUCGAAAAUUUUCUCAGUGUGUAUUGUGAAAAAUUGCAGUGAACAUAUAUUAGAACAAGUGAAUGAUGGAAAACUACAGUGACAUAAUCAGAGUGAAUGAAGAACCAAGCGAUACUUGUCCCAAUGCAGGUGACGAUCACGAUUUUGAUUCAGUGAACUCUUACGAAGCCGAAGAGUUUGAAUUAAAAUUACCGCGUUAUGAAAUAUCGGCAAAUCACAUAAACGAGGUUAUGCCGUCACAGGACAGAUUCGAUAAGAAAAUUCACACAGGUUCUGAAUGCAAAUAUAUUGAACCUAAACCCACAUCUAUAUCAAGAACAAUUUGCAAAACUAAGUAUCAAAAUUGUCUACCUGUUGUGGAAUUAGGAAACGAAAAUCCAAAUGAUCACACGAAAGCAAAAACUUUAAUAAUUUUGAUACAAAAAGGAUUCAACUAAGAUAAUAAAUGUCAAUUUUACAUGAACUCAAAUUUGAAAUUUGCCAAUUAUAAGAAAGUAAAAAUUUGUACAAGAAUUGUAAAAAAAUCAUCGUAUUC